CUCACUUCUUACUAUUUUCCAUUCUGUUUGUCAUUGUAUUAACGGUUAUCUAUAUUACUUGUUUGAAGUAUUAUAUUUACAAUCGCAGUUAAUAGUCUUAUCGACGUAUCGUCGAUAACUGUGCGCUGAAUCAAUACUAAAUCAUACGUUUAUUCAAAAAAUGUAAUUAUCGCGCUUAGUUGACUAAAUUUCAAUGUUCUUCUAAACAAAAAUUUAUACAUAUCCACCCAGCAGUAUUUUUUCGCAGUCAUGAUUCAGGACAAUGACAAACCGCUAUCGCCUUGGCAAACUCAUCAAUAUAACGUAGUUUUCCGUGAUCCAGAAUCGAUAUUAAAAACACAUUUGGGAGAAGACAUAUCAGUUGUCGAUUUUGAAAGCGAAUCUUUUUCAAAGAUUGGCGACAAUUAUGGAAGUACCAUGAUGAGAAUUAAUGUUUCCGUGGCAAGAAAAGAUAAUGAAAACAUUGAAAAAUUACAACUGAUAGGAAAAUUGUUGCCGCCGACGGACUUUCAACGUCAGAUAUUUGAAAGUGAUUACACAUUUCAGAAAGAAAUUUUCUUUUACGAGCACCUGAUUCCAACUUACCAAGACUUGUACAUGAAAGAAUUCAAUAUCGUGCCGCAAUAUUACGGUUCAAGGAUAUCCUUGGAGCCUGACACCAAUAAAAUAAGUGAAGACGCUGUGAUACUCUUAGAAAAUUUGAAAGUGAAAGGCUACUACAUGGAAGAUAGGCACAAGGGUUUGGACUUGGAACACUUAAGCGUUAUAGUACCAGCUAUCGCCAAGUUUCAUGCUAUUGGUCUUGCGUUGAAACAUAAAAAUCCAUCAUUUCUGCCAGUUUUGGAAAAAUAUAUUCGACGUUUAAAUGGAUCGACUGUGCAGGACAAAUUUGUACAGAAAUUGUUGAUUGAUAUAGAGAAAAAUUCCGAGGUGAAUCAGUAUCACGCUCGAAUCAAAGCCUUGUAUGAUAACUCGAAAGGCGUCCCGAAAACUCUCAAGCUUACACAUCCGUGGGCAUGCGUAGUACAUCUGGACUUGUGGAACAAUAAUAUGCUUUUUCAUCGUGAUAAAACUGGCAAAAUAGAUGACGUCAAGAUCGUUGAUUUUCAGACGUAUUCGGUGAUUAGUCCUUUAACGGAUCUCAUCUUCUUACUUUUAUCCAGCAUGCAAUAUCCAAUGGAACAUUUUGAUAGCAUGGUAGAAUUAUACAGACAAGCAACUUGCAGAAUCUUGAAAGAGUUAAACCUUGACGCAUGUUUGUUUGAAAAGCAACAGUUCGAAGAAAGGUUGAAAAUCGACGCUAUUGCAGAAAUCAUACAUAUACUUCUUAUGGCAAACAUUGUAGAGUGUCGCGAAGGAGAAGACUUUGAGAAUGAUCCAAUAAAUGAGUUUACGAUUCGUAGAUUAAAACGGGUAUUUGAAAUUUUCGAACGGAAGAAAUGGCUUUGAAUUGAUACGUUUUAUCGGCCUUAUUUUGUUGACGGUAGAACGAACUUUGAGACAAAUUAUUACAUGUUCGCUGGCAAGCCUAAGUUUUCAUAGAAAUUAACAUUUAUCACUUGAUAAUAUAUUUUUCUUUUUAGUAAAUUUAGAAAUAUUUUUGCCAAUAGCUCAAAUGUACGAUUAAUGAACUAUUAUUCACUUGUAAGGGUUCUCGUAAUUGAACAUUGGUGCUUCUUGAUACUCUUUGUACGUGUUUAUGUAUAAACACAGCGCUUUAGCGUUUCAAGUUGAAUAAAAUAAUUAACAUUGCUAAUAUUCGUAUAUCCAUAUUUGAGUAAUUAAUAAAGGAAAAUAUUCUUUUAUACGAAUAAAAAGAAAUCGUUUAAUUUUUGUCUAUAAAGAUUGAAGAAGAUAUUAUGAAUAAAAUAUUGAUGAUUUAAACGACCUGACAUCGUCAACAUACCAAUUCUCAAGUCCACUAACUCAAUUUUAUACUCAUACUUGAUUCGACAAGUCUCAUAAAUUGAAAAAUUUUAGAUGUAGAGCCGCAUGUGUGAAAUUUUUGAAUAGAAGUGAUUUUCUUGAACUUUAAUGACUUGUUACGCGCUACCUACGUACAUUCCUUUACAAAGCUGUAUUAUUGUAUUAUAUCAGUUUUCUACGUUUAUCAAGUUGAAAAUUAAGUAUUGUUAAACAGGCGAUUGUUUAUUAUUAUCCAAUCUUAUAAUACACGGGAUUAUCGCGAAAAUAAAAGAGCGUUCAAACGAUUGCAGAAUUGAAAACAGUUAUACGUUUGUUCACAUUACUUCAUUUUAGAUUAUGU